UAAUUUAUUCACAAAGAGGGCUGGAAGUUGGAAGUUGCCCUAAAGGCCAGAAAACCUACAUCUCUCGUCACGCUCGACUCUGAUUUCCCUUUUCUCUCACUUCAUCUUUGAAGAAAAAUUUCUUAAAAUCUCCGAUGGAUGCACCUUUCUCUGCUAAUAUAGACAUCGAUCCGUUUUCUUUCCUGCGAAUUCUGUUGUUCUUCAGUACUUUCUACCUAAGAGCUUAUUUUCUUCAUUGUGAUAUUCCUCAAUCUCAGCAACCUUGUUUCUAACACACGACGACGAUGGGUAAACGUAGUAGUCAACGUAAAACCGCAUUAUUGUUUGAAAGUGACGACGAUGACACUUUGAGUUCUUCGUCGACAACAACUUAUGACUCGCAGGCGCAGGAGUCUGAUAAACUGAGCGACUCAGGAUUGGAACAAUGUCUUGAUAAAUUGUCUGAAAAAAGGGGUUCCACUCGAGAAUCGGCUUUAUUGUUUAUUAUCGAUGCUUUUACCAAUAAGUUGCAGCAUCAAUUCGUUGAAAAGAACUGCAUUACUUUACUGCACCAGUGCCUCAAUUCCAUAAAAAAGGGGUCUAGCAAAGAGAUAUCCUUAGCUUGUCGUGUUAUUGGAUUGCUGGCUAUCACAGUUGGUUGUGGCAAUAGUGCAGCAGCACACGAAAUCUUGGAAGAUUCAAUUCCUCCCCUUUCUCAAGCUCUUAAAUCUGGAUCUGAUCCAUCGAAGAUAUCAUCUAUACUGGACUGUUUGGCUGUUAUCACUUUUGUUGGCGGAAAUGUUCCAGAGGAGAUUGAAAGAUCAAUGCAAAUUAUGUGGCAGUUUAUUUAUCCAAAGUCAGGUCCUAAUGUGAAUGCGUCCAAACCUACAGUGCCUGUAUUAACAACUGCAAUAUCUGCUUGGUCAUUUCUUCUUACAACCAUUAGUGGAUGGAGAGUUAAUUCAAAAAUCUGGCAAGAUUCAAUUGCUCAUUUUUCAGGUCUACUUGAUAAGGAUGAUCGGUCAAUUCGCAUUGCAUCUGGUGAAGCAAUAGCUCUUAUUUUUGAGAUUGGACAACUAGAGAAGUUCUCUAGUGAAGCUAAGGUUUCUAGUCAAAGUUCAGUUCACGAAGGGAAUAAUUCUCGGGAAGGAUGUGCAUAUAUACAAGGAUUGAGGGGUAAAAUCUUAAAUCAAGUGAGAAACCUUUCUGUGGAGGCAGGUGGUAAAGGUUUAGGCAAGAAAGAUCUCAACAGCCAGAGGAACUUGUUUAAGGAUAUCACUGAUUUUCUUGAGGAUGGCUACUGUCCAGAAACCUCAAUGAAGAUAGGAGGAGAUCUACUAAACACUUCAACAUGGUCUCAGUUGAUACAGUUGAACUUUCUGAAGCAUUUUUUGGGAGGUGGAUUUACCAAGCACAUGCUGGAAAAUGAAUUUCUCCAGGAUGUCUUUGAAUUCACUCCAAGGGGAAAACAUGUAGGAGCUGAACAUAUUAUGUCAAACAGUGAAAAGAGGUUGUACAAAUCCCCAAAUUCUAUCGUCAACAAGGCAAGAACCCAAUUAUUGAACAAGCAGCGAAUGAUAUCUCAGGGUAGGAACGUGGGGCACUUUGCUGUUGGUGUUGGAAUUGAGGAAUGAUUUAGAGUGAAACCAACAKUGGAUCUCAAUGGAAAGCUUUUUAUAUGAAAAUGUUAUUAGUUGAUUUUUGGUCCUUUUUUUACCUUUCACUCUGAGAGAACUUUGUAGUUGGAAGCAUUCAAACAACACAGAUUUGCUUAUUCUUUUUAUAUUAUCAUCGGAGAGAGUCAAUAAACAGAAGAUUGUUCUGUUAAUGGUCAAUGUGACUGGGAGUUGUAUCUGUGCCGACUGCCUCUUAUGUUACGACUUGUCAGUUGUGACAUCGAUAGUUGUCCUUCGUUAAACUAAUGAUCAAUUGGUUGGUUGGUCAACAUUUUAGGAGUUCACUAUUAGCGCCCCCAGCUUUGGUGUAAUCUAAUAUGGCUUUUGAAA